ACGCAAAAUAGAGGAGGAACGCAAAAAUUUUAUGUUACAUCAAUCAUUUGAACAUAUAGCUAAUAAUAGAUGUUGCAUAAGAUUUUUGGUUGGUUUAAAUAGCUCUUCUUCACACAGAAAACCGUCUGGGCCAUAAUUUUUCCUUGAUGCUUCCUGCUCUGUGAUUGGCUGCUUUUGGCGACCCCUUGAUGUCAAAUAAUUAAUGGCAGAGCGUUGAGGAUUCUUCUUAACGGUGACGGCUGCUGAAGCUAAUCCUUAAAAAUUUUUAUUUUGUGUUUUAUGAUUUUCUCCAUAUAAAUGGCAUGUGCUCAGCAAGUGAAGCCUUCACAGGCUGCUCAGCUGCUGCCUAAUGAGGUGGUCUCUGAGCAACAGUCGCUUCUUGUUGUGAAGAAGCUUCUGGCCAUCGCUGUGUCUGGUAUCACUUACCUCAGGGGCAUAUUCCCAGAGAGAGCCUAUGGGAGCAAGUAUGUGGAAGAUCAGAAAGUGAUGAUCCUGAAAGGGGACUGUGACUGUCCAGAAAUUUCUCAGAUACUUCUGUGGAUGCAGGGUUGCUUUGACGCCAUCCAGAAGAAAUAUCUGCGGGCUGUCAUAAUGUCUAUCUGCACUGACCCAAGCAAGCCCCAGAAAGUGACUGAGUAUUACCAGUUUAAGAUCCAAUACACUGCAGAAGGAACACACAUGGACUUUGAAAGCAAUAACAACCAGAAGUCGUCAACAUUGUCUUUGGGAAACACCAAGAAAGAGAGCAUUUUGCUGGUAAGGAAACUUUACACCCUGAUGCAGAAUCUGGGUCCUCUGCCAGAAAACAUCUGCCUCAACAUGAAGCUGACCUACUAUGAUGAUGUCACUCCUCAGGACUACCAGCCUCCAGGCUUUAGGGAGGCUGAAGGAAACACAAUAGAGUUUGAGCAGGAACCAAUCAAACUGACCAUGGGCAAAGUGACCACCCCCUACCACCACAUGAAGUUUGACAUGGCCACAGAGAAACGUAGACUGGAGCAGGUGGAGGAGAGUGUUUCUGUGAAGGAAAGGUGGAUUCUGAGUAUUGAAGAGCAAGUAGACCUAACACAGAGUCCUGAGCCCAGACAAGUGGAGGAGCCUGAGAACGGCUCUACAGACGUCGAUAACACCGAAAUCCAGACGGGCAUUCAUGAGAAGAAUGAGAGUACUGAGGAAAUCCCAGCGGUUAUGAUGAAGAAAACCUCAGACAUGGAGAUGUGUGUGAAGAGAACCAGGAGUGGGCAGAUAAUCAAGUCCAUAUCGGAGACAAACCCGUCUGUGAAAUGUAAGCAGCCAACAGCAGCAAAGGAAAAGACGGUUUCUCAGUAUGACAUCCUCAGCAGCCAGGAAUCCUCAUCUGGCUCCGUCGCCAUGAAGAAGCGCAAGUUCAGCGAGCCUAAAGAUCACUAUUGACCUCAGUGCAAAUGAAGAACUUUGUUGAUUUAAAGUCGUGUGUUUUCGUUUCUGUGACAGCUAGCUCAGUUCAUUUUUUAAGACGAGAACACUAGUCUGUUUAUGAACAUGUUUUAGAAUCGUUUUGAAGUUCAGACUUUAUGGCAGUUUAAAAGUCAUGUUUAUUUUUGUUUUGUUUUUCAGAAAUGUUUACCAACAAACAUGUGCAGCAGCCACUCUUAAUACGUUUGUGAUGAAUUAUUAUUACAGCUAUGAAUUUAUGCAUGUAGAUCUGAGCUGCAAAUUUAAUUAUAUUAAAUAAAUACAUUUUAAUAAAAUAGAAAAAUGCCAA